AUUUGAGCUGAAACCCACAGAGAAGAUCACGAAUUCAUACUCCCAUAGAAAUCGAUUCAAAUCCGACACUCGAAAUCACUUUCACCGCGAGAAACCUCAGCCAACAAUCAACAAUGUCGAUGGUUAGGCGCUGCCCCUUCGCGGACCUCUGGGUCGACCCAUUCGACGGCUUCUGCUCCAUCGUCCCAGCAUCAUGGGACUCCGACUCAGCCGGCUUUGCAAACGCUCGCGUGGACUGGAAGGAGACGCCGGAGGCGCACGUCUUCAAGGCCGACCUACCCGGCGUGAAGAAGGAGGAGGUGAAGGUGGAGGUGGAGGAUGGUAACGUGCUCGUUGUCAGCGGCGAGCGCACCAAGGAGAAGGAGGACAAGAAAGAAAAGUGGCACCGCGUCGAGCGCAGCAGCGGCAAAUUCAUCAGGCGCUUUCAGCUGCCGGAGAACGCCAAGGUGGAGGAGGUGAAGGCCGGGCUGGAGAACGGCGUGCUCACCGUCACCGUUCCCAAGGUUGAGAUCAAGAAGCCCGAGGUGAAGGCCAUCGAUAUCUCCGGCUAAAUGUGUGUGAACGAUAAGUACCAGCUUGAUUCGCCGCACUGUAUCGUGUUAUUGUGGAGUCGUACUAUGUACUAGUUGUAUAACCUUCGAAGGAAUUCCUUGGUCGCCACUUUGUGCUGGUGUGGUGUGAUCGUCUUCCAGUUUGCCCGUGAGAAAUAAAAUCGUUUGGAGGUGCUUUACCUUUUGUUGCA